AUGGAAUGGAAAUGGAGUGCGACGAGUGGCCAAGUGGUUGCCGGUGGAAAUAAAGAAGGAAGUGGGACUCAUCAAUUGUCUCACCCAGCAGAUGUGAUUGUCGACAAAGAGACAGAUAGUCUCAUCAUAUGCGAUAAUUCGAAUAGAAGAGUGGUUCGAUGGCCUCGUCGAAAUGGAACAAAUGGAGAAACAAUCAUAUCCAACAUCUCUUGUAUUGGUUUGACAAUGGACGAGAAUGGAUCUCUUUAUGUCGUUGACGAUGGAAAACAUGAAGUGAGACGAUAUCGAAGAGAAGAAUCGGAAGGAACAGUGGUUGCAGGUGGCAAUGGAAAUGGAAAUCGUCUCGAUCAACUCUAUGAACCACGAUACGUAUUCGUCGAUCGAGAUCAAUCAGUCUAUGUAUCUGAACGGGGAAAUCAUCGUGUGAUGAAAUGGAUGAAAGGUGCAAAACAAGGCAUUGUCGUGGCUGGUGGUCAAGGACAAGGAAAUGGUCUUACACAAUUGUCAAAUCCUCGAGGAGUCGUUGUCGAUCAAUUGGGCACUGUCUAUGUGACUGAUCAAUGGAAUGAUCGAAUCAUGCGUUGGCCCAAAGGAGCCACACAGGGAAGUGUCAUUGUUGGUGGAAACGGUCGAGGAGGACAAUCGAAUCAACUGUGGGGGCCCAUCGGUUUGUCAUUCGAUCGACACGGCAAUCUCUAUGCCGUCGAUUGGGGAAAUCAUCGAGUACAAAAAUUCAAUAUCGAAUCCAAUAAAUAA